AGGAGCGCUCCCCUAAGGGAGCGGAGGGACGCCGGGCUCCCUACACCUGCGGGAUCCCGCUGGACGCGCGCCAGGCACGCUCCUCCCGGGACCCGGGCGCCACGUGGAGCGCGGGGCUUCUCGGAGGGCGUCUACGCCGCCGGCGUGGCUCGGGCCGGCCCCUCGCCCACGUCAACAGCGGAGGCCCCGCGGCCCCGCUCCUCCCGCGCCGCUGACGUAACGUCCUCCAGGGGACGUGGACGGAAGAAAAGGGAGCGCGGCGGCGCCUGCACCAGCCCGGCGUGCGUGCGUGCGGGCGGCGGGGCCCGCGGCCAGGCAGAUACUUUGGUCAGUGACUACGCGUCAGCAUGUUGAGUCAAGUGUGCCGCUCUGGGUUCCAGCCCUUCAGCCGACGCCUCCUGUCCUGGGCCCAGUCCACGGCUGUCUCCAGAUCAUGUAUGUACCACAGGAAACUUAGAAGCCGUGUCCAGCCCUCAGGCAUCAGGCACGUGCGUUCCUGGAGCAACAUCCCCUUCAUCACCGUUCCCCUCAGCCGUACACACGGCAAGUCCUUUGCCCACCGCAGCGAGCUGAAGCAUGCCAAGAGGAUCGUGGUGAAGCUCGGGAGUGCCGUGGUGACCCGAGGGGACGAGUGCGGCCUGGCACUGGGGCGCCUGGCGUCUAUUGUUGAGCAGGUGUCGGUGCUGCAGAAUCAGGGCCGAGAGAUGAUGCUGGUGACCAGUGGAGCCGUGGCCUUCGGCAAGCAGCGCUUGCGCCAUGAGAUCCUGCUGUCUCAGAGCGUGCGGCAAGCCCUGCACUCGGGGCAGAACCAGCUGAAGGAGAUGGCCAUCCCUGUCUUGGAGGCCCGAGCCUGUGCGGCCGCCGGACAGAGCGGGCUGAUGGCCUUGUAUGAAGCCAUGUUCACCCAGUACAGCAUCUGUGCUGCCCAGAUUCUGGUGACCAACCUGGAUUUCCACGAUGAGCAGAAGCGCCGGAACCUCAACGGGACACUUCAUGAGCUCCUCCGAAUGAACAUCGUCCCCAUCGUCAACACGAACGACGCUGUCGUCCCCCCAGCGGAGCCCAACAGUGACCUGCAGGGGGUAAACGUCAUUAGUGUUAAGGACAAUGACAGCCUGGCUGCCCGGUUGGCCGUGGAAAUGAAAACCGACCUCCUGAUUGUUCUUUCAGAUGUAGAAGGGCUCUUUGACAGCCCCCCGGGGUCCGAUGAUGCCAAGCUCAUUGAUACAUUUUAUCCCGGAGACCAGCAGUCUGUGACGUUUGGAACCAAGUCGAGAGUGGGAAUGGGGGGCAUGGAAGCCAAGGUGAAAGCAGCCCUCUGGGCUUUGCAAGGUGGCACCUCUGUUGUUAUUGCCAAUGGAACCCACCCAAAGGUGUCUGGGCAUGUCAUCACAGACAUUGUGGAAGGAAAGAAAGUUGGCACCUUCUUUUCAGAAGUAAAGCCUGCAGGCCCUACCGUCGAGCAGCAGGGGGAAAUGGCUCGAUCUGGAGGAAGGACAUUGGCCACUUUGGAACCCGAGCAGAGAGCAGAAAUUAUCCAUCACCUGGCCGACCUGCUGACAGACCAGCGCGAUGAGAUCCUGUUGGCCAACAAAAAAGACUUGGAGGAGGCAGAAGGGAGACUGGCUGCGCCCCUGCUGAAGCGCCUGAGCCUGUCCACGUCCAAGCUGAACAGCCUGGCCAUUGGCCUGCGGCAGAUCGCAGCCUCCUCACAGGACAGCGUGGGGCGUGUUCUGCGCCGCACCCGGAUUGCCAAAAACCUGGAGCUGGAGCAAGUGACGGUCCCGAUUGGAGUCCUCCUGGUCAUCUUCGAAUCCCGCCCUGACUGUCUGCCUCAGGUGGCGGCCUUGGCUAUCGCGAGUGGUAAUGGCUUGUUACUCAAAGGAGGCAAGGAGGCUGCACACAGCAACCGGAUUCUUCACCUCCUGACCCAGGAGGCCCUCUCGAUCCAUGGAGUCAAGGAGGCCGUGCAACUGGUGAACACCAGAGAAGAAGUUGAAGAUCUCUGCCGCCUAGACAGAAUGAUAGAUCUGAUCAUCCCACGCGGCUCUUCCCAGCUGGUCAGAGACAUCCAGAAAGCGGCUAAGGGCAUCCCAGUGAUGGGGCACAGUGAAGGCAUCUGCCACAUGUACGUGGACUCGGAGGCCAGUGUUGAUAAGGUCACCAGGCUAGUCAGAGACUCCAAAUGUGAAUAUCCUGCGGCCUGUAAUGCUUUGGAGACUUUGUUAAUCCACCGAGAUCUGCUGAGGACGCCGUUGUUUGACCAGAUCAUUGAUAUGCUGAGAGUGGAACAGGUGAAAAUUCACGCGGGCCCCAAGUUUGCCUCCUAUCUGACCUUCAGCCCCUCUGAAGUGAAGUCGCUCCGAACCGAGUACGGCGACCUGGAGCUGUGCAUUGAGGUGGUGGACAGCGUCCAGGAGGCCAUCGACCACAUCCACAAGUACGGCAGCUCCCACACGGACGUCAUUGUCACCGAGAACGAGAAGACAGCGGAGUUCUUCCUCCAGCACGUGGACAGUGCCUGCGUGUUCUGGAACGCCAGCAGUCGCUUCUCUGACGGCUACCGUUUUGGCCUGGGAGCUGAAGUGGGAAUCAGCACCUCGCGGAUCCACGCCCGGGGACCGGUAGGACUUGAGGGGCUGCUCACGACCAAGUGGCUGCUCCGAGGCCAGGACCAUGUGGUCUCAGAUUUCUCAGAGCACGGAAGUUUGAAAUACCUUCACGAGAACCUCCCAGUUCCGCAGAGGACCACCAACUGAAAGAGCCCGGGAGACCUGGAGCGUCCCCAGAGGUCUGCACGGCGAGAUGCGUCUUAGGAAGCUCCGGGCAGAGCCAGAUCUCGUCUCCCAGUUCCUGGAUCGGCCCGCGGCCCGUGCUUCUUGGCUCAAUUUGGCAACAUUGGGUUUGGCUAACGUGCGAAUUGCAGCUCGCCCUUUUUCUUUUUUUAGUAAGAGAAUGAUCUCUAUGGGCAAUGACCUCCCUUUGCCAGUCCUGUCCUCUUCAGUGACAGAAACAGAAAGGCGCCCAUGAAGACCAGGAGCGGUCACGCUGGGCGUCGGCGGGGCCUGGGGUCAGGCACUGCGACCAAGUCUUCUCACAUCCCGUGUCCGCUCACUCGAGUCAUCUUCGAAAAGGAAAGGUUUGCAUUCAGAGGAGGGCAGCCCUCUUUAGCAUUCUCAUCAGAAGUAGUCACAGCGCUGGCCUGCAUCGUUCCCGCGGGGAGGACGGAGCUCUUGGGUUUAUCUGGGGAGUAAAUAAAUAAGCAUCGCAGACGCCGCAGCCUUCCGAUCUCAGGCGCCACGCAGUGUGGUGGGGCUGGGACCCGAGCUGCAGGCGGGGGCUGCGAGUCCCAGGAGGUUCCCCACCAAGCGGGAGGGAGAUCUACAGCUGUGUCCGAAAUUUUUAUAUGGGUUAUUUUGUCGUCUGAUCCUUCUCCAAAACAAAAAUUAGAAUAUUAUUUUAAUACUUUGGAUUCUUCUCCACUUUUUGAAAAAUAAAGUUCUUAUGAAAAGUC